AUGCACUUCCACCUCCACUGUGAGAAGUUCUCUUCAGUAAAAGACUUCUACUACGGAAAAAUAGCCAAGAAAAUACCAAACUUCCUAACGUUAUCCCCAGAGGACAAACUGGCAGUUCUCCUGGGUGGAGAGAGUAGCACUGGUGCCACAAAAGAACAGACACCCGAUACUUCAGAGCAACCUGCAGACUUCAGGUCUACACCUUCCACAGCCUACAACAAUAAUGAGCGGAUCAGGAUUGUGAUGGUGGGGAAGACUGGAGCUGGGAAGAGCGCCACAGGAAACACCAUUCUGGGACAAAAGUGCUUUAAAUCUGAGUUCUCCUUUAAAUCUUUGACUAAACGCUGUGAAAAGGCUCAUGGUGAGGUGGAUGGACAAAUGGUUGCUGUUAUCGACACUCCGGGCCUGUUUGACAACAGGAACACUGAAGAGAAAACGGUUCAAGAUAUUGCCCAGUGCAUUUCUUAUGCUUCACCUGGACCUCAUAUCUUCCUGGUCGUCAUCAAACUGAGCAGAUUCACAGAGGAAGAAAAGCAGACGGUGCAGAAGAUUCAGAAAAUCUUUGGUGAGGAAGCCAACAAAUACAGCAUGGUUCUCUUUACCCAUGGUGACCAACUCAAAGGGAAACCUAUUGAGGAGUUCUUGAAGGACAGUAAAGAUCUGCAGGAACUUGUGGCCAAAUGUAACAACCAGUACCACGUGUUCAAUAAUGAGUUGAAGGAUCAUUCUCAGGUCAGUGAGCUGCUUGAGAAGAUAAGAAAAAUAAAUAUGACAAAUGGAGGAAGCCACUACACCACUGAAAUGUUCCAAAAGGCAGAGAGAGUGAUAGAACAGAAGAAACAACAAAUCCUGAAAGAGAAAGAAGAGCAAAACCGCAAAGAGCAGGAGAAACUGAUGAAGGAAAUAGAGAAAGGGUAUCAGCAAAAGAUGAGAGAAAUGGAGGCUGAGAAGGACAAACAGUUGAGGGCUGCUCAGGCAGAGAGAGAAGAGGAGAAACGAAGAAUCGUGAAAGAGAAAGAAAUGCAAAACCGCAAAGAGCAGGAGAAACUGAGGGAGAAAAUAGAGAAAGGGUAUCAGCAAAAGAUGAGAGAAAUGGAGGCUGAGAAGGACAAACAGUUGAGGGCUGCUCAGGCAGAGAGAGAAGAGGAGAAACAAAGAAUCGUGAAAGAGAAAGAAAUGCAAAACCGCAAAGAGCAGGAGAAAGUGAGGGAGAAAAUGGAGCUCAAAGAAAAGGAGGCUAAGAGACAGAAGAGUGAAAUGGAGCAGAAAAUAAAAAAAAUGAAAGAAGAACAGGAUAUGCAGGCCAGACAAGAAGCUGAGGAAAGUUCCUGGGAAGUGAAGGCCAUUGUUCUCUUCCCAAAAUGA